UGCGUGGAUCGCCCACUGCAGGAGCAGCCUGCCGCCGGCGAGGGCCUGUCCGAAGUAGCGGCCUGGAUCGAGAAUGCGAUGGUCGUCGAUGUUUCUGGCAACGUCAAGGAUUCGAAGGAAGACGCGGCCGAAGUGUUCGCCCCGUUCUACGAGACGCCCUACGCGAGCACCGGGGAACAGAGGCCUUCCAGGAAGGCUGCGGGAGGCGCACCCCCGGAUUUCACGAUGCUCGAGUCGGCGGAUGCCAUCCGAUCCAUGAAGGACGGGAAGUGCAAGGAUUCCGCUGGCGUCGUCGCAGAGAUGCUGAAGCACAGUGGCCGUAAAUUGCGUGAAGGCAUCCUCCCGUUGUUCAAUGCAGUGCUACACCCGACCAGACAGGACGCAGCGAACAUGUUAGACCACCUCCACACCGCCGCGGCCAGAUACGGGCUUCGAAUCAACUUCGACAAAACGAAGGUUCUCACCAAUGUGCAGAGCGACGCUGACGAUUCCAUGGUCGUCGGAGGCUUCCAGGUAGAGAUAAUUCCACCGGGAGUGUCAGAGAAGUAUUUGGGCCGCGUGAUUAAUUUGGAGGUGAAGAGCGAGGGGCCCGCGUUGGCGAGGUCUCGAGACUGGAUGAGAGCCAGGAACGCUCUGGCCAACGCGCUCCGCCGCUUGCAGCUCCCAGUCGUCAGGCAGCCCAACGCUCGGCUGCGCUGCGCCCUCGCGCCCACCCCCCUUUGCGCCCCACAAGCACCCGGCGUGCUUGCCGCGGCCGCUGGUCUGGCCCCCAACCUGAUCAAGAAUCUCAUUUGGGCGGACCUCGGGGAGAUUGCAAUUCAAGACGUACAAGAUUGGCAGCAGCCAUGCACCUGCUCGUUCAAAAUUGCCCUGGGCCCGGGCGCUGCAUCGGCCUGGUGGGCGGACAUCACGGUGGACUCCGACUGCUACCGGGGCCUCACUACAGGCGCCCGGGCCAAGGCCCUAAGCAAGAUACGGGUCAGGGUGCUUGUACUGCAGAUGGCACACCCGUCCCUGGGGAUACGCGCUGCUGCCUGGAAUGCCUACAUCGCAUCUGUCAUCCCCUACCCAGCGCACUAUGCCUUGCCUGACCCAGCGGCAGUGUUUGACUUACUCGCUCAGUGCCGCAUGGCCCUCGGCACCUCCAGGCAGAGAUGGAUGCCGGCCUACGUCCUCACACGAAUUGGGCCCUGUUUCCAGGCCAGAGCUGAGCACCUCUGGAACUGGUGCACGGCUGCUGCGCUAGCCUGGCACUUGGUUCGCCCCCCCGACUCCUCGCCCACUUUCGUCGGGGCGGUCAUGCAGCCUGGCAUCCACUCCAGGGUGCUGACCGACUUCUUGUACCAG